UCUCUCAUCAAAGUCAGUAUAAAUUACCGCAAGCAUGCCUGGAAAAUGUAUUUGUUGUGUUAUUAUGUUCGCUUUAUUUUUAGCAUGUUCAUCUAGCCUAGAAAUAACUCAAGAGGAAGAGAAUUUUGAAAGCAAACGGGGAAGAGAAGCAAAAGUUCUUCCAGUCCGUGUUCGAAAGAGUUGGGCUUUAUCCAAUGAGCAAAAAAGAUAUCGUUUUCUUCCUACUCGUGUAGGUAAACGUAUACUUUUAGAAGAUGAAACCGGAAAAAUAUACGGGUAUGACAAAAAGCGUACAGUGUCGCCAACAAGGUUUACUCCGCCAAUAGCAAGGGCGUAUGCUUCAAAUGGAGUGUGUAAUGAAAGUGGAAAGAUGAGUAAGAGACCGCAACAAUGUACGUAUUUGAAUGGACGAAUGGUCUGUAACAUAAAUUUCCCUUUACCUGCAAGGCGAUCAGUUGGAUCUCCAAGAGCAGAUUCUUCAACAAACGAAGUUGGAAAAAGAGUAUCCGCAGACGAAUACCAAGAAACCCUCCCAGAGAGACUUGAAGAUUUUGUAGCUGGUAUACCACCCGAUGAUGGAGUUUGUCGAAUCGACGAAGCAUUCCAACUACUCUCAAAGAACUGGCAAGACAUCAUAAUACUGGUUUUGAAACUUGGAUUAACGGAUGUUGGAUCAGAGCGAAAAUGAGUUGAAACACAAGACAUUUAAAUUAUGUUGUAAUUAUCAACUCCAUGGAACAAAAUCACCACUCACCUUCUUAGUUUUGCUUAACACAAUAUUUUAGAAAGCAAGCUGUAAAACUCAACUAUAGAAAGUUAUAUAUUUUCACAAUAAUUAUUUAUCAAAAACAAAAACUGCACGGGUUUAAAUUGAUAUCAUAGUAUUUAGUUACCGGUAUCGAUUGGAACUGUAAUUAUAGCAACUAACACUUUUAAGAAUUUCACUCACUAAUUAUUGAUAUAUUUUAGUGUUAUCAAUGUGUUUCUGAAUAACUAGUAUUGAUGUAAUGAUCCGUCAGGUUUCUACUGGUGCGGUAGAUUCGCUUCAGCGCCGUGUGACAGGGAGUGAAUAAUAACAUUGUUACCUUAAAUAACCGGGUAGAUAACUCGGGGCCAUUUAUUACAGUACAUUUACAAGGUAGUUUAGGUUUCUUGUUGCACAACAAAUUGCGAAAUUCGAGAAAUGAAAUCCAAUCAGUGGAUCCCGUGAAGGGUGCACAUAGUUACACGCUGAUGACGUAUAUGUUGUAGUCUGUAUGGCGUGGGUAUUUUAAAUCUACUUGUAACUACCUGUGUAAAAAAGAUUAUUAAUUGGUAUGUGCGUCAUCUGAUUUUAGAGGCGGAAAGAUUAAUGGUUUAGAUUAUCAAUUUCAUUAGUUGGUUAUGUUUUGUGUGAACAUUUAAAAAGUACUAGAAUCACAUUCAAGUGCGAUUAUAAGUUAUUUUACAAAGUGUCACAUAGAAGGAAUCCCCAUUACCUAACUUUAACGUUCAUUAAUCUAUUGUAAAAGAAAAUUAUGGAAGUGUGAUCUCCAGUGUAAAGUACUAGUACCCAUUAUCUUUAAUUACAUUUAUUUUUGUGAGGCUUAUUCAAAAUUUGAAGACCAAAACAAACUAUAGACCCAAAAGAAAGGGAAGUAGCAGAUACGAUGAUUGUAUAUAUUUAUGUAGCAUAAAAUUAUAAGACCUAAUUGUUAACAUUAUAGAACAUGUUGGUGUAAGUAUAACUCUUGAGAAUAACUGCUUGUAUUAUCAACGUAUUUAAUAAACAUUCAAACUGUGCACUUGA